CGGGGCGAGUACGUCACGACACUCAAUCUCAGUCAGAUGCAGGGGAUCAGGGCAGACUUCGCAAUAUUUACAGUCAGAAACAGGGUUAAGUUGACCCUGGUCUGCCACCAGGUGCAGUGGCCUGAAACCCACUGAGGAGGCCUUGCAGGGUGGGAAGAAGAAGGAUGAGUGGAAAGAGAUAUCUUCUGAAAGUAAUCCUGCUUGGAGAUGGUGGAGUAGGCAAGUCCUCCUUGAUGAAUCGCUAUGUCACAGACCGUUUUGACUCCCAGUCCUUUCACACCAUUGGUGUGGAGUUCCUUAACCGGGACUUGGAGGUGGAUGGGCGUCUGGUCACUCUUCAGAUCUGGGACACAGCCGGUCAGGAGCGCUUCAAGUCAUUGCGCACACCCUUCUACCGAGGUGCCGACUGCUGCCUGCUCACAUUUGCAGUGAAUGAUCUGCAGAGCUUCCAGAACCUCGGCUGCUGGAAGAAGGAGUUCAUGUACUACUCUGAUGUUAAAGACCCUGAGCGGUUCCCCUUUGUGGUGCUUGGCAAUAAGGUAGACAUGGAGCAGAGGGAGGUGGGGGAAGAUGAGGCUCGGGCCUGGUGUGAGGAGAACGGCUGCUGUCCUUACUUUGAGACUAGUGCUAAAGAUGACACUAAUGUGACUGCUGCAUUUGAGGCAGCUGUCAGGGAGGUUCUGGCUGCUGAGGACCAGAUUGAUCAUACACUACUGAGCAGUACCAUUGAUCUCCAUGGUAACCGUAAAACCUCUAGAUCAUCUUGCUGCUAAAAGCACAGGUCUCAAUCCUCUUUGUUCUGAUCUCUGGCUGAAACUUGCCAGUGUGGUAGGUUUUAAGAUGAGGUGAUACAUUGUUUAUGGUACGCAAACUUUACCACAGGUUCAAGGUACUGAGUACAGCAUCGACUAAAGAUAAUAUGGGUGAGCUACAGCUGCUUUGAGGAUGGUGGUUUUAGCUGGUGUCUUGAUUGGUGAAAUACUGCUCAAAUGAAGGUACAGGCAAAUGGUAAAAGGCAUAUUCAUUCAAUCUUUUGUGCUCUAUCUGCUUUGAAUGAUUUUGUACAAAAUGCUUUUACUCAGCUUCAACUUCGAAAAUACAUUUUAAUGCAAUUAAGCAUUUUCUUCCCUUAAUGAAUUAAAACAGUGGAAGAGAGAAUAUACCAGCUGUUGGAGCUGCUCUAUUGUCUGUCCUUAUACAGAGUUUUCUGAGGUUUUAAAACUAUUGAUAACAACAUUGCAUUCUCUUUUUAUCAGCUGUUAUUAGCUAAUGUAUUUUCUUAACACAGUGGCUUUGUGUGAUAUUUUCCCAAUAUUGAGCUUGAGGUCUCCCAACAUCACUGGUCUAAUAUAUUUGAGGUACAGGGACUUUUAAUAACUGCUGCACUGAAAAGGAAGAUUAUCUUAUCUGUUUUCAAAAGGAAGGGAAUUAUAAGCUUGAGAUUUUGCAGCAAUGACCAUACGCAUUGCGUACGAGCUAAUGUGGCAUGCAUUAAUUUAAUUAAUGGUUUUACCGCUGCACUAUGUUGUAGCUGGGUGUGUCAGGGAAUCAGCCUUUAUUGUUUUGUUUUUUUUCUGGGACUGUUUACUUAACCAGGACAGUUUGUAUCACAUUAUUUUCUGGUAGUACUACCUCUUGUAGUCUUGAUAAAUUUUUUUCUCUGUGGAGCUCACAUUCGUCCUUCAAAAUGUGCUCUUUGAAGAUUUUUUUUUAUUACAUUUAUGAAAUUUUUACAUUAGGCUUCAUUAUUUGAACUAGGACAGAUUAAAGUCUUUUUCUUUCUGAGCAGAAGAAGUUGCAAUUAUAAAUGGCAUCUUUAUAAUCCUGUGUCUGUCUUGUUGAUUACGUAGUAGGCCUUAACAUUCCAGUCUUUUAGCUUUGCCUUGCCUGAGGGUCCCCCCGUGCAUUACUGAUAAAUGACAUAUGCCAUGUGCUGUCAGUGUGGUCAUUACAGGUCUCAGCUGAAUGUAAAAUAGCUUACGCAGAGUCAUUACUUCCAGAAUGUGGAUUGUUCAUCACUUGUCUUCUCCAUUCAUAUAGUAUUUAGGGAGACAUUCUGAGUAUUCCAACAACUAACUAAUGUUUACUUCUGGUUUUCAACUACGAGGUGCUUUUAUGUCUAUAUAUUUAAAUACCCAUUUACUUGCCACAGGUACAUUCAUUUUGGUUUUCCCAGUGUUAUUGUGUUUUUUUCCAGGGGGUUUGUGUUUUUCUGUAUAGUUCUAAACUCACCUGUGAUUGAUUAAACUGAAUCAGUGUCAUCACAAUUUUGAUUUCCAAAUAAUAUUUUCGGUUUCGCUUUCUCAAACAACCAAUCUUAGAAAAUGUUUUCAUUUUAUCCCUGCAGAGUCGUUCUGCUCCUUAUUACAGCCUCGUGUUGUCGCACCUUCCUGAGUUAUGUUGAUCUUUUCCUCUCUCAGCCUCUGAAGACAGUUUACCUUCCAAGUUACAAACGUAUAGUAUUUCAGUGCAUGUUCAAACUAAUGGUGAAUAUAACAAAAGCUUCACUGAGAAAGUGAAUCUAAUUCAAUCAGGUACUGUUACAUUCUAUACUGGAGCUCACAAUGUAGUUGAUAUGAUUGCUGUUUUAAUUUUAUAAUGCAUUUUUUAAACCUCCAAACUUUUGAGGGAAACUUUACUGUGAACUGAGUUGGGCAUUUUGAGAAAUCCAGGCUGUUAGCCUAAAUUAACUCAAAGCAAAAAUGAGGGCUGUUAGCUUUGACAGUAUUAAUGUUUUUUGUGAUUUACCAAGACAUUGUUACAAUAUUGUGUGUUUUAUCCCAUUUGGACAAAGUUUACCUGAAAGCCAACUUAGAUGAGAAUCCUAUACCCUGGUAUUUGCUGGUGGAAAAACUUUUGAUAAGUUGCUAAUGCCAGUAUUUCUCUUUUCUUCAUACGUUUCUGUAAUAUUUAUGAAUGUAAUAAUGCUUUCUGUGGUCUGCUCAAAUUAAUGGCUUAUGUAAAUUGCAAAGUGCAUUCAUUUUAUAAUGUUGAGAAAUGACAGUGAACAUCUGUUUCACGAUCAGUGCUCAACCUAUGAGUGUAAUUCAAGCUGUGUGAAAGUCAGACUGUUCUUAUGUGUUGAUCUAAUGGACAACUUCCCUUACUCCUCUCUUUGCACUACUGAGGAUAAGACUACGGGGAAUAUUCUCCAGCACUUGGCUUCAAAUAAAACAUGCAUCGUACCAAAUGGAGACACCAGAUAUUGUAGAGUUUUUGUGAUUAUACUUAAACACCGUUAUUUCUUUAAAAAAAAAAGCCAUUUGAAAGUUUUUUUUUUACUCUGUCAAAUGUUUGGCUUCUAUCCAUCCUUUGUGUCAUCAAUAAUAGAAAAUGUGGAUGUUAAAAUUUGACCUGAAAAUGCUUCUUACUUAGAUGUCAUCAUUGAUGUGUCACUGUAUGACCAAGGAUGUUAAUGAUUCUGAGAACCCACAAACACUGUUCUUCUUCAUUAAAAACAAACAUCAAACAUG